UGAACUAUAAAGAUCGUCCACUCAACCAGCAGCUUAUGAGACCGCGGUCGAUGGCGAAGACCAAGGGAUCGCCACGUCGCUCUCGCUGCAAGCGCAACCGUCGGCGCAACAAGAGAGCGCGGCGGCCGUCGAGGGAAGCAGAGCCUACCCCGACGGGUCCAACAGGCGUGCACCACAUCCCCGACCACCUCCUCGAGCUCGUGCUCCUGCGCGUGGCCACGCCCCUCGCCCUCCUCCGCGCCGCGUCCACGUGCAAGCGCUGGUGCCGCCUCAUCUUCACGGACGACGCCACGUCCCCGGACCACCGGUUCCGCCGCUCCCUCCGCGCGGCCCGCGUCCCCGGCCACUACCACGUCGACGGGAACAACCACGUCUUCGUACCGGACCCCUUGGCGGCCGACGGCUUCGACAGACGCCAAUUCUCCCUCGACUUUCUCCCGGCCGUCCCUCACGGCUCGCUGCCCUGGGAGCUCGCCGACAGCCGCGGUGGCCUCCUCCUCUUCUAUAGGAGGGACCUUGUCUACUACCGGAUGGGUCGAGUGUGGGGAGGGGACACCGAGUACCUCCACUUCCCUGACAUGCUCGUCUGCGACCCGCUCAACCGGAGGUGCCAGGGGAUCCUCUACUGGGAGGAGAUGUGGCCCUACCAGUGCCUUGGUCUGUUCCUGCUCGACGGCGCCGCCGCCGACGAGCCUGCUGCAGGUGGUAGCUCCAUCGCCAUGUCCAACUUUCGGGUGGUCGCCGUGACCUACGAAAGCGAUGUCUUCGAGGAUGACCGUGGCGCACCUCGCGCCUGCGUGUUCUCCUCCGGCUCCGACGGCGGCUGGAGUAUGGUGGAGAGCGCGUCCGGCGGAGACGUCCCCAUCCCGGAGUACCGUUCGAUCAGCUUCGCAGGGCGCGCGCGUUCGUCCUUCUUUUGGCGGAUGGAGCACGAGGGCGCGGUGCUGGCUCUCGACGAUGCCACCAUCCAGUUCUCGCUCGUCACGUUCCCGUGUACCGUCGUGGGGAUGCCGGAGGAAUCUUCGGCCUUCCGGGUCAUCGGCGGCGACGACGACGCGGUGCGUGUUGUACGCGUGAUGGCCAACAAUGACCUCACGGUGUUUCGGCAGCUCGACAGCAGUGGCGAGUGGGUGGUGGAGAAGCUCGUGAGGCUGCCCGAGGCGACUAGUGGGCUACCGGAGCGCGAGGAGACGUAUUUCCACGGACCAGCAAAGAUUGUUGCGACGACUACGAGGCACGUCCUCGUGACGCCGCAGGAGGAGACCUGGAUUUUCUCCAUCGACCUCGAGACGCUCGAGGUGGACCAGGCGCAUGAGAGGAACCGGUACGCCGGUGCCGCGUACCCAUUCGAGCUGCCAUGGCCACCGGCCUUGCGAGCAGACAAUCGCCGUCGUUGUAGCAGGAUGGAUUUAACGGUUUAAUUGGUUAAUUGUUUGCCCCAAAUAAAUCAGAAACAGUUUUGAUGAUUCUCA